AUGGCAUCAACGGCAAAAAAAUUAGCAACUCUAUCUAAAACCGCUAAACUUAUCAUUGACCUUCGUACAGGUUUAGGUGCAGCUAAAGUGGAUCCUGAUGUUAAAAAAGUUUCUUUAGUUUUUUCUAGGAAACAAGAUAAUGCUGGUGCAAGAGAAAACUUACCAAGAAUAGCUUUUAAUAAUCCUGAUCUUAAUAUUGAAGUUUCAAUAUCUAAAGAGUAUGGUGUUAAACCGAUUCUGACUGUUGAAUUUGGACACGACGAUAAAAAGGAAGCAAUAAUUCAACUCUCACAACGAUAUUCUGAUGAUAUUUGCCGUGAAUUCUUGGAUGUCACAAAAGCAACUCCAACAAUGCUAAUUCAAAAAGAUCCUAGCGUUUAA